ACAAGUCCAACGUAUUGGAAAUUGGAAUUUUUAUUCCAACGCGCCAGGGUGGUGAAGGUUUAUCCAUCUGGACGCUGCUGAUACAAGCGCAAUGUUAGGUUUGAAAGUACGGACACUUUCACUCUUUUCUCCCCACUCUCUUCUUCUCCGCCAAACGCUACUCGCCACCCUCACCGUCCAAUUUCUGUAUCAGGAUGUCGUCGUCGUCGCAGAUAAUCGAACACGUCGUCCUCUUCAAGGUCAAGGACGAGACGGAGCCGGCGAAGGUCUCCGGCUGGUUGUCCGGACUCAACGGCCUGGCCUCUCUCGACCAGGUACUCCACCUCUCGGCCGGGCCCAUCCAUCGGGACCUAUCGUCAGCGUUCAAGUUCACUCACAUGCUUCACAGUCGCUAUAGCUCCAAGGAAGAUCUAAGUGGCUACUCUGGGCAUCCGAGCCACUUGAGAGUGGUGAAAGAGUUGGGUUCGCCGAUCUUGGAGGACCUGAUGGCCGUCGAUUGGGUGGCUGAUGAUCUUUCCGGUCCGGUGGUGCCGCGGCCGGGGUCGGCGAUGAGACUGACGAUCAUGAAGUUGAAGGGGGGUUUGGGAGAUGAGGAGAAGGCGAAGAUCUUGGGAGCGAUCGGGGAUAUUAAGGAUUGUCUUGGAUCGUUAAAUCAGAUGACUUAUGGUGAGAAUUUCUCGCCCGCGAGGGCCAAAGGGUUUUCGAUUGCAUCGGUUGCGAUCUUUCCGGGAUUGAAUGAAUUGGAGGCCUUGGAUUCAAACCCGGAAUUGGUGCAGUUGCAGAGGGAUAAGGUUAGGGACCUUUUGGACCGCGUGAUUGUGCUAGAUUACGUGGUUCCACCACCGCAAUCUGCUAGCCUUUCAUGAUUGCUCUGGCUAAGGUUGUAUGGCUUCAUGUUCUCACUUCUCACUUUCAUGGAUUUGGUAGCUUUUCAAAUAACGCUUAAUUUUGAAAGACAUUUUGCUUAUGUUAUUUUUCUUAAUGUUCUUGCCUCACACCUUGUGUUGUCUCGAGACGUACUCAACAAGUAAAUUUGGAAAGACUCAAAUGAGGCUUCUCCAAGUCUUUUGGGCAUUGUGUGGAUAAUGGGAUCCAAAUGGGAAUAUGUUUUGGUGUCUCACAGCCUAUUGGUAGGCUUUAUUUUGUUUCAAUAUAAAUUUGGUUCU